AUGAAAACCUGUAAAUCCAGUCACUUGAAUUCAGGCAUAGAACCAGACAUCCAGUGCAGAAGCGGGCCAGGCUGCAUCAUGAAGUGCAGUUCAGAGAGGAUGGAGAAUGCUGCCAAGAGAAGACUGGCUGCCAAUGCCAGGGAGAGGAGACGGAUGCAAGGGCUGAACACAGCCUUUGAUCGGUUGAGGAAGGUGGUUCCACAGUGGGGCCAAGAUAAGAAGCUGUCCAAGUAUGAGACCCUGCAGAUGGCUUUGAGUUACAUCAUGGCUCUCACUAGAAUACUUGCCGAAGCUGAAAGAUACAGUAGUGAAAGAGAAUGGCUUACCCUUCACUGUGAACACUUCCAUCCGGAGAGCUACCACCAUUACACGGGACAAAAAAUGUCAGCAGACAGCGAUCCUUAUGCCCAGCGAAUAUUCAGCUAUCACCCUGAACACUUUCAAAUAGCUAAUUAG